UACACCUACGCUAUUAUAGAAACGUACGCGUCACCCCGCGACUGUCAGUGGUGGCUGCGUCGCAACUCUUUUGCGGACAUGUUCUUCAUCCCCUUCGUCAUUCCAUUUCCGAUCGGCUGCUGCACGUCGGUUCGGCGGUUGUGGCCCUACGGCGAGCGGACCCGGAUUACCCGAUACGAUGUGUACCACUUCCCACAAAACGCGCUCCUGGUUGGCGAGCUUCCCGGUGAUUUCCUACGCGUGGACACGACGCCCACCACUGGCUCGCAAAGCCAGAUCUCGGUCGACGAGCAGACAGCCAUAGCACUGCAGCAGCAGCUCUCUGGAGCGGCAUUCACCACUGCCCAGGCGGUCGGACGACUCAGCAUCUCCGUCAUACAGGCAAAGUUGGUGAAGAACUAUGGCGUCACACGGAUGGACCCCUACGUGCGGAUCCGCAUUGGACACAAUGUGUACGAGACACAUACGGACUACAACGGUGCCAAGACCCCUCACUGGAACAAGUUGUUUCACUGCUUCCUCUCACCGGGCGUCACGGCAUUCCUCGUAGAAAUUUAUGAUGAGUGUGCAUUCACGGUGAAUGAGAAGAUCGCUUGGGCACACGUGGUCAUCCCCGAGGCAGUCUUCUCCGGCCAGACCGUUGACAUCUGGCACCCACUUUCAGGUCGCCAGGGUGAAUCCAAGGAAGGCAACAUUAACCUCGUCCUCUCCUAUCAGGCGAUUCCUCCGGGCUCCCUCGCCGCACCGCCUGUGGUUCUGGUCAACACACCCUACAUGAUGCCGGGUGUGGUGCAGUACCCUGCCGCUGCUGGCUAUGUGUACCCUCCGUACGCUGUCCCCGUUGCACGACCUGGCGUGGUGGCUGCUGGUCCUGGCUACAAUCCGGCUUUGCAGCCAGCAGCUCAGCAACAGCCGACACAAGUCCCAAUCACUGAAGAAGAUGUGAAGCAGGUUCAAGAAAUGUUCCCAGAGAUGGACGCCGAAGUGGUCAAGGGUGUUCUAGAGUCCCACCGAGGCAACAAGGAUGCAACCGUCAAUGCGCUGCUCGCCAUGAAUGACGCCAAUGCUUAGGAGCUGUCCUGUACAUAAGAAAUUGGAUAGGGAGGGACACUCAGCGUGCGAGAAAACCUUAACAGAGACAGGAAUGUAGUCAAGUCUUAAGGGACCUUUCUUUUUUGUUUCUAUUGUGAAAGGUUUUCGCGAAGAGCAAGCACUAUGAUGGGAGCGAGGCUGGUGGCGUGUUUUGUACCUGUGCCGUAUUGGCGAGGUUACUGCCAUUGAAAGUCUGGGACGUUAAGUUUCGUAAUGCCUUUAUGUCUAAGGUUGCUGCUGCGUUCACGUCUUUGGCGUCGCUGUGGCGAUGGCUGCAGUGAAUGCAGUAAGUUUUCUAAUUGUAAUAACAUGAAGGAGUGUUUCUUGCUUGGCAUAGGUUUGGGAGAUGCCACACAAACGUUCUAUAUUUAUGUAUAGGCACAUUUUAUCCAGAGCUGUUGUUAAAAGUAUAUGAAAAAUUGUCGGAUAUAAUCAGGUAAAAAUUUUUGUCUUGCAGUUAUCGCGGUAACAAAUAUACGCUUGUAAGUAACAUUGUAUAUACAGUCGCCAAAUGAUAAUUUGAACUCGAAGGCAAAGGUCAGAAAAUUUGGGGCAUUAUUUAGAGAUCGACCAAAUAUAGAGUGCAUCUUAUUCUCGGAUUGUCACUUUCAGGGAUGUCGUCGGUUUUGCGCACCUAGAACACAGUGCACCAUGAGGCACUCCUGGCACAGUACCAAGUGUGCAGCCUCAUCGCACGUCCACGAAUGCUGUGCUCUGUCGAUGCGUUCACCUAUGAUCAUUCGAAAUAGCGCGAUAAAGGUAUGAUCAUUCGAAAUGGCGUGAAAAAAAAAAAGAACGAUCCUGGAAAGUGAUCAUCCAGAAAUGUCAUUUGCACUUGUCAGUUUCUUGCUGCACGCAAAUGUGCUUAGCCGCUGACAGGUGACGUAAAGAGAGUGGUGUUACUACUCCCUGCGAUAAGCAUUCUUGCACCGUUUUUACGGUUUAAGAUGGGUCGGACUGAUGCCUUGUCCACAUUCUUAUUUAGAUCAGUUCGCCAUCAACGGCAAAUUUGGUUAUACAGUAUAACGUCUUUACAACAGAUCUCCUUACAACAAAAUUUCUCAUAAAAGAUAACAAUUGGCAUCGUUAUGCCAACCAUCUUAUUUAUUCUGUUGAUUGAGCUUCGUGUACCACACGUUUUGGUACAACGGACAUUCAGAUAUAAUUGACUAAAAUCUGAAGCUACCAAGGUGGCCGGCACCCCUUUACAGCGGAUUUUUCUACCGCAAACGUCCCACAUCAAUAACUUGCAACUUAAACAUCGGCAUAAUUUGGGGACAGGAAAGGUGCGCCGCGAAUAUCAGUGUACCAAUCUUAAAAUAAAGGCGGCUGAUCUGCAGUCUAAUAAUAGGCAGUUAUGCCUAGCUAAGACGAUAAAAAAAAUUGGUGCGCAGCGUGCUUGGUCUUACGUUUUGGGGCGCUGAUGUGCAAAAUUGCUAGCUGCUGCUACAAGCAGUCGCUGCGCACCAAGCUCACUUGGCCGGGAGUUGCACUGCCGAUGCACAAAAUGUCCAUCCGUUUUUCUCAGGAGCCAGCGGGUGAUGUACUUCAUAUCUUUCAAGAAAGCACAAUACAACUUAUUCGCUUUCGCAUGCCCGCUAAUGCGAUAAGCAUGGCUGCAAAGUUUGGAGCGUAGUUAGGCCUAGCCACAAUUUCGAACACAAAUCUCGGUUGCGAUGUUCGUGGCCACGGUGCCUGAUGUUUCAAAGUGCGUCACGCUCGAUUGUGAAUAUAAGUAGUUGUCCCUUGGUAGGCUUCGACCCAAGGUCUGAGUGCUGAUAAGUAACGGGUUCAACGAGACAGUUUUGCAAUGGGUCCGACAUGUGCAUCUGCGAUGUUGGUGAAAAGUUCGGUGUGCUAUUGUAAUCUGAUAACUGAACUUCCACUUGCCUUAAAGGGGCUCUGCAACAAUUUUUGAGCAUGGUCAGAAAAUGGUGCCGAUUGGUAGUAGAGGCCCUCGAGAACACGGGAGCCAAAUAUUAUAGCGCAGCUUGGCUGCCUGGAAUUCGCAAUAAGUUAUCAAAAUCAGCUAGAAUUGCUUUGUUUACUCUGAACAAAUGACAGAAGGUGCUCAGAAAUUACUCAUAGAAGACUAUCUAUCAGCCUUUGGCUGAUAUGAACAUGGCUUGCUCGGUCGUUAUAGAAAUCUCCGCAAGAGGUCUUUACUUGUCCACACGUGUGCGUAUGAUCACACUAAAGAAGCUGUGUGUUCGAAGAAAAAAAAAAUGGCCAAGGCCACCAGGGCACACGUGACAUAUUUUCUUUGCCCCUGCCAUCAGCCCCCUGCUUAGCUUCCCACGCUUUCGAUGAAACGAGAGGAGAGAGAAUGUGAAGGCAGCUUGCGACAAAUCUUUGUAACUCCACUCAUACUGUACGGAUUCUUAACAUUUUUGUGGCGUUGAAUUCGUGAGGCAAUAAGCUCUAUCAGCUAAUUCAUUCCAUGGUUACUUGAAAAAGGGUUUCACGGCCCCUUUAACUACAUUGCGACCUGGGAAUAUAGAACGAGUACGAAAAAACGUUACAGAGUAGCGCGAUUUUCGAUGAAUGUGCUGUUAGGAGCUGCAAUAUUUUGAAUAACACCACUUUUUUUUUUACUUCUGCUAUAAUUUUUGUCACUUCAGCAUGUGCAAACAUUUUUUACUGCACUUCUGCGUAGUUUUUAGUGAAGGUAUCUUGGAAUCAGAUUUUUUAAAAAGAGGACACAGAAACUAGGCUUGAUUUUCAAAAAGGAAUUUUUUUUAUGUCACCGUUGAGAGUAAACCCGUCUAUGACUUGCGAUUUUCUCUGGCUUUAACAUGCCUAUUCAAUGUUUUUGUAAUGGUCUGUGGUAACGAGACGUAGACUUUGCAUAUUCUUUUUACAACAGACCAAUAUCUUCUUCACUAUAGACGUCUGUUGAAAUGAGGUUACAUUGUAGUAAUAACCAAUUGAGCGGAAGGUAUCACUAAACAAACGCUGCCCAUACCUCGACCAUUCCUAUGCUGUUGCUGCAAGGGAAAAAGGGAGUACAUCAACCGUUUCUUUUUCUCUGGAAACAUAAGUGCCAAGUGUGCUGCCAACUGCGAAAAUGAUAGUAUAUUUUGCGACAGCUAUUGUAAAUCACUUUCUUAGCUGCCCUCGGGUGCAGACUCCAAAUGACACAGUUGUCGAUACUUGAAAUAGUGUAAAGUACUUUAAAAGCAUGUGUCCUUGAACUCGUUACAUAGUCUUAGCAGAAAACAGUGCAAUACAACAAACACAAAGGAGACCAAAUGAGACCAGCACUUCUCCAGUUUGCUCUUUCUUGUCUUCAUUGCAUUGCACUGUUUUUUUGCUAUGGUUUGAAGAAAUUCAAGUCGCUGAAUGCAAAUUGAGUAAUUCUAAAUGUGCAUAAUGAAACACAUGGCUAAUAAUAAAUGUGCAUAAUGAAACACAUGCCUAAUCGCAGAAAUACAAAUUGUAUGGCUUAGUAAUAUGGCUUGACUUGUUCUGAGCCAAUCUGGAUGAUUGAAAUAUUUUAAAAUUUGGAAAGGUGUGGCUUUCGGACAUGGAUACGUGUGGUUCACUGCAUGGCUGAAUUAUCAAGUAUUUGCAAAGUUUAAUGUGAAAUAUCGUACAGUGCACAUUAUUCUUUUCAGAAAUUUCGCUUGUGUCUCAUUGUGCAUUAAGUCUAUACAGCCAAUGGCAUUGGCCCGAAGCAGCACAAAUUAUCAGUUGGCGACUGUUACAAAGCUGUUUUUAUGAGAGAGCAGCGUUAUUAUUAAGACUUCAUUGUAUCUAGAAACCUGUUGGCAAUCCGUAUCUGCAAGUGCUAGGUAACUUUGAACUGAGAAUACACAUUCAAUCUAAACGAGUUUUGGAUUGCCAUGUGGUGCAAGUGGCAGGUUUAAUGCCUUUAACGCACCCAUGGGGCAGGUUUUGUGCAACUGACGUUCAAAAAAAAGCGUUGAGCAGUUCAGUCUGUGUUACAGGCAUAAUAGCCGCGAGUGUUGUCCUCGAAAAAUUGGUGGGACGUUUGUUGAGCAGUCGAGUGUGUGUAUAAGAUGUUUAAUCGGUGUAACAUAUUUACAGCCCAUGUUUAUAUAUAUAUGUAGUAUAUAUAUAAGGCUUAUAUGUACAAGAAUAACUUUGGUUGCCGCAAGGUUAUAAGUAUAAAAGUAGAUGCGCUUUCACAUAACUGUUUAUUCAGCCGAUGUUUGGAUGGGAGCCCCGUUUUUUUUUUUUCAAGUUAUAUAUACAAAAGUCUCAACCUGGAAUGUUUCUUGAACUUCGGGUGCAGCGAGGCACCACUCAGUGUAAUGAAACUUAAAAUAUUUAGUCCCUCUUGGCAGCUCUUUCAAUAAAGAGCUGCUUGAGGAGCGUAUGCUGAUUUGAGUUCUCACAACUGUUGCUGAAGGGGCCACGUUAUGUGAAGCUAGCCUGGUAAUCGCCAAGAAGCAUUAUUUGGGUCAGGUUUAGGGGCAUUCCUAGAGCGGACGGGAACUGCGUGGUAGUUCCUGUCGCGUAAAUAGGAGAUGGUUCGGUCGUGUUCAAAAUAUUGUGCAGAGGCAAUAUAUUGUGGUGCAUGCAGUUUAAUACCGUGUAUGGGAGGCAUUGACUCUUUUGCCUAGAGUUGUUUUUUUGUUUGCAGUGUAAAGAGGGCAGUUCUAAAACUUGUGGGGCCAAAACAGUGGCAGGCUUUGUCCGAGAAACAACAAACAAAAGCGCGUACAACAUUGUGCCGUUGUGAUGAAAGGUAGUGCCAUUUCUCAUUCUUUUGAAUGUUCCGUCUAAUACAAUCUAGAAACACACCUUGUUUAACUCUUCUGAAAGACAGGCAGGUCCUCUGUUGGCAGUCUUUUAAAUGCUGUAUCUGUCAUCCGGCAUAGCUCGAUAAAAUGUUGAGGCAGAUGCUGUUUCUUGUUAAUAUACACUUAUUAUAGGGCUUCGGCAAAAUCUCUCUUUGUCAUGUGACAUGGAGCUAUUUGUUUGAACUCCUUCUAAAGAGGCAAACGAUGCAACAGAAUGCGGCGUUAGACUGCAUUUACCACGAAAUACACUUUUGUACGAAAGUUAGUCAGAUUGAGCCAGCCUCGUUGCCGAAAGAAGCGUGUAUAACCUUGUGAUCCUACGAAUGCGAGAAUGAGUACUGGAACUUACAUUUUUAGAAUAUUUGUCCUACUAUUUUUUGCUGUUUUUUAUGUUGUAAUGCUAUAUAUUUCUUAGUUUUGAUACAUGCUUUUGGAAAAAGUCUUGCUUUAUUUCUCACUCACCUCGUGGGGUGUCGGAAGAUUCACAUGCUGUUCACUUUGGUUGCAGUUGUGCGAGUGAGACUCACUUUUCUAUGAAUGCUGUGCAUUCCUUAUUCUCUAUUGAAGCAGCCUCUCUAAAGGUGUGUUGCAACCUCAAUAUAACGCAAGUGGAUGAACGAAAUAAAUGGAAAAAUGUAUCACUGCUAUUGCAUUGUAACAGGUGUACAUUGAAGGUGGACGCAGAAUAUAACGAAGCUACCUUCUUGUCGGUUUACACUAUAAAGAGGUUGAGGUUGACACACUUGCUGUGAGCAAAUCUUCAGCAAUGUGCUAUGAUUUUUUCAUCUACAAUUUAUUUUGAAAUAAUGAAUUCCUCUUAAUGUGCUUAGUUUGCUGGCCCAGUACAUUUUAUGAAUGUUGCUGAAAAGGGUACAUCAUAUUUCGGUCCUGUCAUCUGUUUCAUUUAUAUUGCUUUGCGAGUUCGCAGCGCAAUAUUUGGUGUUGUCUCAAAGAGCCGUAUAUUUGUGCUUUAGCAUCAAGUUCUGAAUGCAUGGAUAGAGCUUGAGGCUGCUAACUGUGAUCAUUAUUGAUCACACCUGGGAGUGUGUGGUGUCUUGUAUGAUUGUGCUGUAGACUACUGUACUUGCAUAGUUAUAAUAGGUAUUUCUUUCUGCUUUCUAAUUUGCCAUAAGCUUAGUUUUUAAUAGAUCCUAGUGCUGUGCCAGAAACCACCCUACCUUUGUACAUAGUGUAAGGUUAGUCAAAAAAGACUGACAAUAUUUAAAUGGCUUGCUCCCACCUGUGCGCACAUCAACCUGUGUCCUGUAUUAAAGCCUUUUGCUGUAAAUACCACUUGCAGCGUGAUAUCGUGUUGCACUUCUAACAAGCUUUGUUUUGGUUUUUGCACAUUGAAUAUGCUUGUGCAGGCAUAGAAGAACUGACUUUACUGUAGGGAAGUUAACUUUAAGAAGUGUUUCCUCAUGCCUUAAUUUUUCAGUCUCUUCGGGAAAUUAGCGAUUAACACUUGGGCUUCGGCAAUGGAGUUUCAGAAAACAAAUACCAUUAGUUAUCCUUUUUCUUCUAAAACUGUUGCUAUUCAUGUACCAACGAAGACUAGCUAGUAAGGCACAGUGCAUCUGCAGUGUUUGAUGCCUUAUGGUGCUCACCUUCGAUCUGGCCCAAAACUAGUUUGUAUGCAAGUUCACGAAACAGGAAAAAUUUAACUAGCCGGAAAAAUUGUAGUAACAAAUUGUCCCUUUUAUUCUCACCACUGCUGUUUGCAAUGUCGUGAAAAAGAAAAACUUGUGUCAAUAUCCUCGUGCAUGCCUGUUUCAGGAAAGAGUAUGUGGAAAAUGUAACAUCGGGCCAUCAUAAAUGUCUGGUACUAUUUUGCAGGAGUGACGUGCCCUAACUUCUCCUCAUGGUCUUGUUAAAUUUGGUGUUUUUUUUUUACUUCAAAUGUACAGUCUGUGAUAAAUAUCGAAGCCACAUUGAUUCAAGGGUGUCCAAAAUUUUGUAGCUUAGUAUUUUAAGUAAAUUUAGACUGAAUAUAUUGCUUAAUAAUAAACGCUUCCAAGAAGUAACAAGGAAGUUCAGCCCAGGAAACGGUGCUGUGAUAGAUUAGCUUGUUAACUGCGGGGUUGGUUUCGAAAGUCUUUGCAAAGACUGCUCACGGAAUGUGCAGUCUCAUGAAAUUUUGCAGUUAUGUUACUAGCUUUUCACUCUGUAGUUUCUCGAUAAAUGUGUUAUCUAUAGCGGCAUUGAGAAACAACCUGUCGUAAUAGUGUUUUUUCUGUGUGAUGCAUUGAGGAGUGUGGCUGCUGUGAGUUGGAUACCGUAUCAUGUCGGUUAUCUAUCUAGGUGACAUUAUUCAGGCCAGAGGUGGUUGGCAUAACAUAAGCUUGAGGGGUGUUAUGUUUGCAGCUGUUUCAAAGAUUGGCAGGUAGUUGCACAGUUCAUGCAGAUGACGAGCUGUAGCACUAUUUCGUUGUCAUGGAAGGACGAAGGAUUGCAUCAGUGAGGUUGUCUGCUUAGAUAUGCAUGACACCCUUUAUAAUUUGCCAACUUCUCAGUUAAGUACAGGGUACUCAAUUCAUUUUACUACCACAUUUGAUAUAUUUUGAGAAUCGUGAACAUUUGCUUUGCCUGUACUCAAGGAGAGCGUGUGCAUAGCAGUGUGAUUGUAUUUGUAUGUGAGAACGUAGCAGCUAAAUCCAAAUGUUCUCUAUGAUGCUUUGAUUGAAACAUGACACAGAAGAAAUGAAAACAUACCCAGUGACUGCUUCACUAAGCACCACUGCUGAGAUCCGAGGUCACCGGUUAAUCGCUGCGACACAGCAGCGCCAUGUUACGCGAACGAAUUAACAACCAACUUUUGUUUUACCUAAGCUUAAUUUCUCAAUGCAGCUUACAUUUAAUGGUUGCCAGCAUGCUUUGAGCAGGUACUAGUCACUGGAUUUACACAAGAACCCUGUUCGAAGUCUGUAACGACCAUUUGUUCAUAUGAUCCUGUAACCGUGCGAUUUUGCAGUUGGCCAAGUUAAAUGGAUUGCAUUGUGUGGGCUUUUCACGACAACUGGGAGUGCGCCUUAUGCCAUCUCUCAGAUAAACUUAACACUUAGCUGAGAAAUUGUAAUAAAUGUUUUAUUUUUCUAAAAGGUCUAUUGUUGGGUUUUCUUUAGCGGGUUUCUUCCGCCUACUAGUGUUAAUAUGAUUACAUUGCAUAAUCUGCUGAAUUUGUGAUGCGACCUUGCGAUAUUUUAGAAAACUAAUACAUCAGUCGUAGUGUAUUCUGUAAAACCUUUUUACUUUACAUUGAGAGUGUUGGCGAUCAGUUUUUCAAAAAUUUGAGCACUAAAGAGAAGUCAGACACAUUCUGGUUUGCCUGAUUAAAUAGUGCUAAUACAGCUAAUUUUCUGAGCAGUAAGGUGGCAACAUUGUUUUGCCUAAAUUUAUCAGACAGCGUUCAGUAAAAUGAGUCAAGUUAAAAAAGGAGGCCAACAGCCAUUUUUCCAUGGCAGCCUUCAGGGCAGAAACGCCCAAUUGCUGUGCCAUACACAUCUCUUAGUCGUAUGCUGGGUGUGUGGUUUAUUGAUGUUGUCUGGUUAAGCUGUUCAUUGUUGUCAUGUCGACCUCAUCAGGUGCAAGGGGGGGCUGUUGUGUGACUGCCAGCUUUUCAAGUUUUGUCUAUAGACAAGCGGCAUAUCUGAAACAGGCGCAGUGAAGUAAAAAACGGUGGCCAAUCUCUACACUCUCGAAUAACCGAAUAAACUGCUCUCAGUCCCUGUUCACUUCUGCUAAGCUGAUCGCAGCAGGUCACGCGUUGAAUGCCUGCGAGACCAGUGCUCUGCUAACACGGCAGCCUCUGAGAUUUACAGUAGAUGUGGGCACAACUAGAGGAUUCCAGAGGACAUUUCAUGUAAUUUUUUCUAUCGCCAAUCUCGGAUGCUGCGCAACUCGUGUUCUGCCUUAGUGGGCAUGGCAAGGAAACGGAGGGGGGGGGGGGGGGUGGUUUACAAAUGCAUUGCGAAAGUGCCAAGUGGCAGUAACGUAAAUGUGUUGGUGCAAAUGCAUUUCAACAUCUUGUGUGUGAUGUGAAUGCACUGUUCGUGAACAUUAUCGCAAGCUUCUGAGGUAGAUUGACUGAGCCUGUUUUCUUUUGGUUCUCAUGAGAAUUGGUAUUGGAAUGAGAAGUUGGUAGUAGUGCCGUGCGACCUGUGCACUGGCUGCACAUGGUGAUGAUAGCUCGUUUCUUAUGGCAGAUGGCUGUGUAUAAUUGUUACUUGUGUCUGUUCUUUCUUUUUUUCCCUGUACAACUACAGUUUGGUGGCAAUGUGAUAAUAAAGAUGUUUCUUUCAUAACAUAA